UGGCGAAGUGUCGUAUUGAUUUUAUUGACGUGUUUCUUCCCAGAUCCCCUCUCUCUCAUUACCUCUCCUUUCCUAUCCUCCCCUCCCCCAAUUGUGUCACGUCAGCGGCUUAAUGUCGUGGCUGUCGUCAACAUGCGGCUCCGCCUAAAGACGGUCUCCAUCGCCCUCCUGGUGCUUCUCCUCUCCGUGGCCCUGCUCGUCUGCGCCGUCACGCGAAUCGUCAGCUUCGUCAACCUUUUCUUCGAGCACUCAGGCAUCGCCCUCACCCAGGCCGAGGUCGCGCGCGCCCACAAUGCCAGCGAUCCAGACCCACGCCCCCAGGUGAUCCCCAAAAUCACCCACCAAGUCUUCCACAACUGGCGAGACCCCGGCAAUGACACGCUCCCCGUCGAUUGGAUUGCGGCGCGCCAGACAUGCAUCGAUCGGAACCCCGACUGGAAUCACAUGCUCUGGACGGAGAAGGCAUCGCGGGAUCUCAUUGCGACCGAGUAUCCCUGGUUUCUCAACACGUACGAUGGCUAUCGCUUCCCUGUGCAGCGAGUGGACGCAAUUCGAUAUUUCCUCAUUCUCCACUACGGCGGCAUCUACAUUGACCUCGAUCAUGCAUGUCCGACGAGCCUCGAGCCACUCCUCUACUACCCAGCCUGGAUCGCCGACAGCGGCCGAGACACACUGAACAACAACAUACUCGCCGGGCGACCGAACCAUCCUUUCUGGAGCCUGCUCGCACAGUCCCUCCGGGCGUACGACUACAACUACGUCUUCCCCUACAUAACCAUCAGCUACGCCAGCGGCCAGUGGUUCGAGACGGACAUCUGGGAGAAGUACCACGCCAUGCUCCCGGACCCCGACAAGGCCGGGUCCCAGGAGAACAGGCUGUACCGCCUCAUCAUGGAGAACGAGAACACGGACGGGUGGAUAUUCUUCACGCAGGAGCGCGGCGGCACGUGGAAGAACUGGGACAACCAGCUGUUCCUCUGGAUCGGCGACAAUCUAGCCCUGCUGGCGCUGGGGGUCUGCGUCAUCCUCGGGCUCGCCACCUGGCUCGCCGUCCGGGCCGUGCGGCGGAUGCGGCGCCGGACCCGGGGAUAUAUACCCCUCGAGGGGCGGCCGGAUAAAGACGACGACGACUUCGCGUAACGGGGGAUGGCGGGGGGUUUCGAGACCGGGGUAUCGGAUUGUCGCACACGCGGACCUUUUUACUACUUUUCCCCAUUUCCCCGUAAUUUUGGGCAUUUUCCGGCGUUAGAUGGGGAGGGCUCGCAAGAUAAAUAGAGCAAUAAUGAGGCGGGAGAACAUAUGGGCCAGGCAUUAUAUCAGGGGGGAGGCAACUCGGAUAUCCAGCCUGGCAUUAGAACAUAGAUUUUCUUCUGUGAGAUGUCUUAAUAGAUAGCAUGUACCAAUAAAAAGUAACUAUUACAAA